CUGGGCUGCAAUCAGUAUCAAUCGAAUACAGAAACAAAUCAAAUCCAAAGAUGAAAUUCCUCCAAGCAGCUGCCCUUCUCCUGGCCCUCAUCGGUGCCUUUGCCAGCGCAGAGCCUGUGCCCAAACCUGGCACUGUGCUCGUCCAGACCGACAACGUUCAAUACAUUCGCACGGGUUAAACUCUUCGAACACUUUAAACAAUGAAACUGAAUUGCCUCUAAAAAUAAAAUGAAAAUAUUAAAUUAAAC